AAACACGGGACAGCGUUAGUCUCGCGGAGCACAUUGCACGGUGUACAUGGUUCAGCGUGGACAAAAGUACGAUUAAAUAAAAAGAAAUAGAAAGAAAGAUAGAGAAAAAAAGCGAGCGAGUCAUCUUGCAAAGAGCAUUAGAGAGAAAGAGAGAAAAAGAGAGAGACCGGGUUUGACUCGAAUAGUGCGUUUUUUAAAACGAUAUACAUGUGCGCACACAUACAUACACAUAAUAUAUAUAUAUAUAUAUAUACAUACAUAUACAUACACCAUAGUACCAGCAGAAUAAACGUAUUUUAACAGGCGCGUAGUAAUUAGGUGAGAAGAAAUUUUAUGAAAAGAAUAAAUCCAAGUCAAACGAAAACAUUGAUAUAGGAAAAUAUAUCGUGUAGGUGAUAAAUAAACGAGAGAGGUAAGAUUAAAAAAAUAACGAACGAAAAAAUUAAAAAAAAAGGAAAUUAAAAAAAUAAGAAAUAAAAGAGAGAGAGAGAGAGAGAGAGAGACAAAUAUACAAAAAAAAAGAACAAACGUACGAUAAAUAGAAAUACUUCAAGGAUGAACAAAAUGGAUUACAUGGAAGUAACAUGUCCGAAUUAUUCGUACGUAUUUAAUUUCGAAGAAAAGUUUAUGCAUCAGGAUACAAGAGCAUGGAUGUUGAAACAUUGGACAAGUGCAUUUUAUUAUUGUGGUAUAUAUAUGAUAUUAAUUUUUGGUGGUCAACAUUACAUGGCAAGUAGACCGAAAUUCGAACUACGAGGUAUUCUCACCUUAUGGAACACCCUAUUAGCAUCGUUCUCCAUUAUUGGAUUUACCAGAACGGCGACUGAAUUCAUACACGUGCUCAGGAAUCAUGGACUUUAUUACAGUGUUUGUAUACCAAGUUUCAUCGUUCAAGACCGAGUGUCGGGCUUUUGGACAUGGAUGUUCGUGUUAUCAAAGUUACCGGAGCUAGGUGAUACCGUGUUCAUUGUUCUACGUAAACAGCCAUUGAUAUUUUUACAUUGGUAUCACCACAUAACCGUGUUGCUAUAUUCAUGGUUUUCAUAUACGGAAUACGCGUCAUCGGCAAGAUGGUUCAUCGUAAUGAAUUAUUGCGUUCACUCGUUGAUGUAUAGCUAUUACGCAUUGAAGGCUAUGCGUUAUUCGCCACCAAAAUGGAUCUCGAUGCUGGUCACGGGAUUGCAAUUGUCACAAAUGGUGAUGGGCUGUGCCAUAAAUGUGUGGGCUUAUCAGUACCUGAAACAAGGACAGUCGGAGUGUCACAUAUCACGAUUAAACAUCAGGCUUAGCCUGGCAAUGUACUUCAGUUAUUUCGUCCUAUUCGCACAGUUCUUCCACAAGGCCUAUUUGGGCAGAGACUCGUCGAGAAAAUCUAUGAAGAAGUUGUAUACUAACGGUAUGAUUACGGCAUCCUCGUCUACCACAUCUAUGACGAUGGAGGACCAUAUGGUCGUACCAACGAAAUACGCGAAUGGUAAACUGAAGGAAAAUUAAGAAGGAAAGAGAAGACAACAACAACAACAACAACAACACAACAACAAUAACUACGACGACAACUACGACAACUAUAACAAAAA